AUGUAUGUAUUGGCAAUAGCAAGUCCUGUAUUGCUCUGCAGAAGCAAUAACAGCAGCAGCAACAACAGCAGCAGUAACAAUAACAGAAGCAGUGGCAAUAACAGCAGCAGCGGCAAUAACAGCAGCAGAAAUAACAGCAGCAGUAGCAAUAACAGCAGCAGUAUCAAUAACAGCAGCAGCGGCAAUAACAGCAGCAGAAAUAACAGCAGCAGUAGCAAUAACAGCAGCAGAAAUAGCAGCAGCAGUGGCAAUAACAGCAGCAGUGGCAAUGACAGCAGCAGCAGCAAUAACAGCAGCAGAAAUAACAGCAGCAGUAGCAAUAACAGCAGCAGAAAUAGCAGCAGCAGUAGCAAUAACAGCAGCAGUGGCAAUGACAGCAGCAGCGGCAAUAACAGCAGCAGAAAUAACAGCAGCAGUAGCAAUAACAGCAGCAGCAGCAAUAACAGCAGUAGCAAUAACAGCAGCAGUAGCAAUAACAGCAGCAGCAGCAAUAACAGCAGCAGCAAUAACAGCAGCAGUAGCAAUAACAGCAGCAGCGGCAAUAACAGCAGCAGAAAUAACAGCAGCAGCGGCAAUAACAGCAGCAGAAAUAGCAGCAGCAGUGGCAAUAACAGCAGCAGUGGCAAUGACAGCAGCAGCGGCAAUAACAGCAGCAGAAAUAACAGCAGCAGUAGCAAUAACAGCAGCAGCAGCAAUAACAGCAGCAGCGGCAAUAACAGCAGCAGAAAUAACAGCAGCAGUAGCAAUAACAGCAGCAGAAAUAGCAGCAGCAGUGGCAAUAACAGCAGCAGUGGCAAUGACAGCAGCAGCGGCAAUAACAGCAGCAGAAAUAACAGCAGCAGAAAUAACAGCAGCAGUAGCAAUAACAGCAGCAGCGGCAAUAACAGCAGCAGCGGCAAUAACAGCAGCAGAAAUAACAGCAGCAGUAGCAAUAACAGCAGCAGAAAUAGCAGCAGCAGUGGCAAUAACAGCAGCAGUGGCAAUGACAGCAGCAGCAGCAAUAACAGCAGCAGCAAUAACAGCAGCAGUAGCAAUAACAGCAGCAGCGGCAAUAACAGCAGCAGCGGCAAUAACAGCAGCAGUAGCAAUAACAGCAGCAGAAAUAGCAGCAGCAGUGGCAAUAACAGCAGCAGUGGCAAUGACAGCAGCAGCGGCAAUAACAGCAGCAGAAAUAACAGCAGCAGUAGCAAUAACAGCAGCAGCGGCAAUAACAGCAGCAGCGGCAAUAACAGCAGCAGAAAUAACAGCAGCAGUAGCAAUAACAGCAGCAGAAAUAGCAGCAGCAGUGGCAAUAACAGCAGCAGCGGCAAUGACAGCAGCAGCGGCAAUAACAGCAGCAGAAAUAGCAGCAGCAGUAGCAAUAACAGCAGCAGUGGCAAUGACAGCAGCAGCGGCAAUAACAGCAGCAGAAAUAACAGCAGCAGCAGCAAUAACAGCAGUAGCAAUAACAGCAGCAGAAAUAACAGCAGCAGCGGCAAUAACAGCAGCAGAAAUAGCAGCAGUAGCAAUAACAGCAGCAGAAAUAGCAGCAGCAGCAAUAACAGCAGUAGCAAUAACAGCAGCAGAAAUAGCAGCAGUAGCAAUAACAGCAGCAGCGGCAAUAACAGCAGCAGAAAUAACAGCAGCAAAUGUGUCAUUUGUUUUCUCAAUGAGAAGGAAAGAGCACCCAGGACCAGUGUGACGCUGAUGUUGAGAUCUUGUUUGAGCGUAAACCGACAGCAGAACAAGCUGAACUGGCGGCCAGACUGAUGCUUCCUCACACGUUCUUCUGUUACAGAAACCAGCUGGGAUACUUAAGCAAUGAGGAUGACGGUGAAGAUUUUGAGGAGGCAGUCAAAUCUUUGAAAGGAAAGUUGUAUCCUGGUCUGUCCGUCCAAGGAGAUGCAUCCGCUGGUAAUGAUGCAAAUCUUCCCCAGGACAAUGCUGGAGCCGCAACAGAGACACAAAGUGACAGAGAGGAAGAGGACAGUGAUGAUGAAGCACUUAUAC